AUGAUGUUGUCGAGAAUGGAUAGUAAGAAGAAUAGUUUGGUUUCUGGAAACCAGAAGAAAUUGUUAAAGGAUGUUGACACUAUGAAUAAAGCUAUGCACUUGGAUAAAAAUGUUUCAAGGAGUUCAGUAUCUGGUUCGAAUUUGAAUUCUCGAUCUAAAACCAUGGGAAAAUCUGUAUUUCCUGAUUCAAAACCAAAGGCUAAAGGAAGUAAUAGUAAUGAUGAUAAUGAUGGUUUGCAGAAGGAUAAAAGGUCUAUAUGGAAUUGGAGGCCGUUGAAGGCGCUUUCGCAUAUCCGAAAUAAACGGUUCAAUUGUAGUUUCUAUCUUCAUGUACAUUUGAUUGAAGGGUUGCCUUCUAGUUUUGAUGGUUCGAGUUUUUCUGUGUAUUGGAAGAGGAGGGACGGGGUUUUGGUGACUCGUCUGGCAAAAGUGGUUCAGUCUGUAGCUGAAUUUGAUGAGAAGUUGACUUACACUUGCUCGGUUUAUGGCAGUAGGAGUGGACCCCACCAUUCUGCAAAGUAUGAGGCAAAGCAUUUUUUGCUCUAUGCUUCUCUUCUCAGUGCGCCGGAGCUUGAUUUGGGGAAGCACCGAGUUGAUCUCACGAGGUUGCUUCCUCUUACUCUGGAGGAGCUUGAGGAGGAGAAGAGCUCGGGUAAGUGGACUACUAGUUUCAGGUUAUCAGGAAAGGCCAAGGGUACUGUGAUGAAUGUCAGUUUUGGGUAUACGGUUGUUGGUGAUAACACCAGCGCGACCAAAGAUAGCCAUAAUGCUCCUAAUGUAUUGACUUCGAGGCAGAGUAGUCUUGCAUCAAUGAAACCAGACGUUAAACAGAGACAGUAUGACGGAAGCAGCAGUGUGAGGCGUGCAGGAAGUUUUCACGGUGCUUUACCCGUAGACGCUUCUCAAGCUAAAAACCUUAGCAGUCGGUACUCUUCUCAAGCUGUAGAAUCGGUAAAAGAUCUUCAUGAGGUGUUGCCAUCUUCUAAGUCUGCACUAGCCAGCUCAAUAGGCGUCUUAUAUAAGAAAUUUGACGAGGAAAAAGAAAGCAGAUCUGUGGGCAACAAAUCGGAUCCUGAUUUGUCCAAAGAAAAUAUUGAGCUAAUCAAACCAGAUGCACGUGCUUCAUCUGAUAUUGGAAAAGAAACGCCGGAAGUGCUUGCAGUUAACAAUGGAAAUACAUGUCCAGUGCUUGACACACCUGAACUCGAUGUAUUUCACGAAAACCUAGAGACAGAUAAACAAGAUGGCUAUCUUUUACUUGAUUCUGAAAAAGAAAACCUAGAGACAGAUAAACAAGAUGGCUAUCUAUUACUUGAUUCUGAAAAAGAAAACCCUGAAGAUUGUCAAGAUAAGGAUUUUUUUGUCGUUGAUAAGGGUAUAGAAAUCUCACCAAUUGAACCGGUUAAAGUAGAGGAAUCAUUCACAAUGGCUUUUGAAGAUGCUUCUACAGUUGAUAGUUCUCUUAUCCUUGAUACUGCAGGUUUACAAGUUUCUUCCGAAGAUAAUUUUAUACAUGGUUCUCUUCAUGAGGCAAAUGACGGUUGUAAGGAUCACACAGUGGCCGAUGAAUCUGCUUAUGAAGAUGAUGAUUUAUUCACAAAUGAACUGCUGCAAGAAUUAGAAGCUGCUAUAAAUAGUGUCUCAGAUUUGGAGACAGGGGCUCUAGAAUCUCCAAAAAAAUUGGAGUUCAAAUCUGAGUGUAAGAUGAGAAAGACAGAUAGCUUAGACGAUGUUACAGAAUCGGUUGCAGAUGAAUUUUUAAGCAUGCUAGACAUAGACCAUAGUUCAACGGGCUCGAAUUCUGAAAACGAGCCUGAGUCUCCGAGAGAGCUUCUGUUGAGACAGUUUGAGAAGGAAUCCCUGGGUGGUGGCUUCUCUUUAUUUGAUUUUGAUAUGGACUGUGACAACGAAGCUGAUGAUAACUAUGGUGCCUCUACUGGAUCUGAGCAGUUGAACUUCUCUGAGGCCAUUCAUUCAUCAUCCUUGUUCCAAAACCUGAACAAGGAGCAUCUCGUUGAGACUCGGGACAUUAAGGGAAAACAAAAGGCUCAAAUGCUAGAAGACUUGGAAACAGAAGCCUUAAUGCGUGAAUGGGGUUUGAAUGAGAAGGCUUUUCAUCAUUCUCCGCCAAAAGACUGUACUGGUUUUGGAAGUCCAAUUCAAUUACCACCUGAAGAGCUUCCUACUUUGCCUCCUCUUGCCGAGGGGUUAGGCCCUUUUCUUCAGACAAAAGACGGGGGUUAUCUACGGUCUAUGAAUCCGUCAAUUUUCAAGAACACUAAAGCUGGUGGGAGUUUAGUCAUGCAGGUUUCCAACCCUGUUGUUGUACCUGCAGAAAUGGGUUCUGGAAUAAUGGAAGUUUUACAGUGUUUGGCUUCGGUGGGAAUUGAAAAACUCUCAAUGCAGGCAAAGGAGUUAAUGCCACUGGAAGAUAUCACAGGGAAGACAAUGCAACAAGUAGCAUGGGAAGCUAUGCCGGCCUUAGAGGGAACCGAGAGGCAAUGUCAAUUGCAACAAGAUUUAGUAGCAGGUCAAGAUACGGCGUGUGUGCAAAGGGACUUGAAAGGAACACCACCAUCUGGACCGAAGUCUGGCAAUUUUAAUUCAAGAUCAGUGGCCAACCAAACAGGCUCAGAGUUUGUUUCAAUUGAUGAUCUUGCCCCACUGGCUAUGAACAAAAUUGAAGCGCUUUCCAUGGAGGGAUUGAGAAUACAAUCUGGCAUGUCUGAGGAGGAGGCCCCAUCUAACAUCGUUGCACAAUCCAUUGGGGAAAUGUCAGCUCUCCAAGGGAAAGGUAUUGAUAUUAGCGGAUCCCUCGGCAUGGAAGGAGCUGCUGGUUUGCAGUUGAUGGAUGUAAAAGACAGCGGUGACAGUGUUGACGGAAUAAUGAGCCUAUCGUUAACCCUUGAUGAGUGGAUGAAGCUCGAUUCUGGUGACGUCGAUGAUAUAGAUAAUAUCAGUGAGCAUACUUCCAAACUUCUUGCAGCCCAUCAUGCUAACUCUUUCGACUUUAUCCGUGGUAGUUCAAAAAGUGGAGAUAGGAGGCGAGGCAAAGGCUCAGGUAGAAAAUGCGGUUUACUAGGAAACAAUUUCACAGUAGCGUUAAUGGUGCAGCUUCGCGACCCUCUAAGAAAUUAUGAGCCAGUUGGAACACCAAUGCUUGCUCUUAUACAAGUUGAACGAGAGUUUGUCUUACCAAAGCAAAAAAUAUUUUGUAGUGUAUCCGAGUUACAGAGCUACAACAACGACGAGGAUGAUGAGAGCGAAAUCAUAGCAAAGGUGGAGAUCAAGGAUACCGAAAAAGAAGAGACAAUUUCUGAAGCAGAACUCAUUCCUCAGUUCAAGAUUACUGAAGUUCACGUGGCAGGUCUUAAAGCCGAGCCACAGAAAAAGAAGCUUUGGGGCACCUCAACGCAGCAACAAUCCGGUUCACGCUGGUUGGUUGCAAAUGGAAUGGGAAAGAACAGUAAGUUUCAAUCAAUGAAGUCAAAGGCUGCAGCUAAAUCUAUUGCUCCGGUUACCACAAAGAUACAGCCCGGUGAAACGUUGUGGAGCAUUUCUUCGCGAAUUUUAGGUUCUGGAAAAAAAUUGAAGGAAUUGGCAACACUAAAUCCACUUAUAAGAAACCCGAAUGUCAUUAUACCAAAUGACACUGCUAGACUUAGUUAA